AUGUCUGAUUGGCGAUCAAUGAAACAGUCUCUCUCUACCGCAGCGCACGUGACAUUCGAGACAUCAGAACCAGAUGACCAGAAGGUCCCACUAGUCGAUUACCCUACAAGUACUCAUCAACUGGCUCAUCCGCUGCAGGGUUACGGAGAGGUUUACCAAGUCCCCAUUGCUGAACACUUCCAUGAAGCCGAGGAAUCAGAUACAAUGGAUGACAUUCCAAUACCGUCUCUCGAUAUUGAAUUCCCUUCCAUUGAACCGGUUAAGACACUGCCAACGUUUGCUGAGCCGACUGCCGUUGAGUUGUCGGCGUCAUCUCCGGUGCCUACAGCCUGCGUUGAUGGAGAAAGUCUGCUUCCGGACGCGUACUUCUGUGCAAAAGAGAAGAAGGAAGAAGAUGACAAAGUACAUGCAUCACAAGGAGACUCCAGACCUUAUUCAAUUCCAUCUUCCUUGCAUCCCGGUUUAAAUGCAUUCUCUGUUUCAAAAGCUCUCAAACUCAUCGAUUCAAUUGUCAACUUUUCGUACCGCGACGGCCUUCACUUAACUGAGUCGGGGGUCGAUACUUCGUUGUUCCGUCCAACAUGUUACCCCAUCCUCCGCUGCGUUAGUUCUACCUGUCGUAUUGGGGAAGGCUUCACCGAGCGCAUCGGAUUAUCGUCCUGA